AUUCCUUCACUUGGGCAACACAGCGCUAAAAAAUGACACUUAGGUGACUCAGGUUUAUCUGAAAUGUUUCCACACGAAAGUAAAUAAAUACAGUUUAAUUAAAUUUAGUGAAAAUGAAGUACUUCCUGCUUGCUAUCUGCGUUAUAUGGGGCUUUGCAGAGUCACACGCUCAAUUUGACGACAAACGGUGCAAAUGUAUCUGCCCCAGCCUGUCUUCUGUAACGAACAAAACCGACAAGACCCACACAGAGCGCUUGAUGCGCACCACAAAUGAUCCACCUAAUCAAUGCAACUGCGAAGUGGUGAUGAUUCCCCUGGUGGCUGAUAAGCUGAAUGUGAGCGAAAUGCGCGAAUUCUGUCCCAGAUGCGAAUGCAAGUACCAGAAUCGAAACACCACCAUCAUUCGCUACGUGGUCAUCAUUGUUAUCUGGGUGAUAUCCAUUCUGGUCGUCUAUAUGCUGUUCUUGAUCAUUCUGGAUCCGUUGCUCAACAAGCGGGUUAAGGGCAACUAUCAGGAACACACCAACGAAGAGGAGGAUACUCAGCCUGGUCCGAUGUCCCACAAUCUGAGCGUGCGAGGAAAUGUGCUGAACAGAGUGAGUAAUCAGCAGGACAAGUGGAAGCGGCAGGUGAAAGAGCAAAGGAGGAACAUCUAUGACAGACAUACAAUGUUAAAUUAGAGAGUUGAUGGUUUGUAGUUGAUAAUUUAAUGUGAUAUACAUACAGGUUUUUUGUUUGGAAUGAGCAGACUUUGAUCCUCACGUUGCUAAAGCUUACGUAUUUCCUAAUUUAUAUUAGGAUUAUUAAUUACCGUGCAUCCCAUGUAUAUAAACGAGAUAAAGUAGAAGCACAUCUAACAUGAUUUUAGUAAUAAGUACAUUUUUGGAGAUUCUUCCGUAACAAGCAGGUAAUAGCUAACGACCGGAUUAAAAUGUUUUAGUUGUA